AUUGGUGUUUGUUUAUGGCUUUCUGUAAAUAGGGAUAUAGCCCAAAAUGCCCGUUGCCAGAAGUUGGGUUUGCCGGAAGACCUAUGUCACUCCGCGACGUCCGUUUGAGAAGUCUCGGUUGGACCAGGAGUUAAAACUCAUUGGUGAAUAUGGUCUGCGUAACAAGCGUGAGGUAUGGAGGGUUAAGUUCACCCUUGCCAAGAUCCGUAAGGCUGCCAGAGAACUACUUACUCUGGAUGAGAAGGAUCCCAAGCGUUUGUUUGAAGGUAACGCCCUGCUGAGGCGACUUGUGCGUAUUGGGGUGUUGGAUGAAGGAAAGAUGAAGCUUGAUUACAUUCUGGGCUUGAAAAUUGAAGAUUUCUUGGAGAGGCGUCUUCAGACCCAGGUCUUCAAGUUGGGAUUGGCAAAAUCCAUCCAUCAUGCUCGGGUGCUGAUCCGUCAGAGGCACAUCCGUGUCCGCAAACAAGUGGUUAACAUCCCUUCCUUUAUUGUGCGCCUGGAUUCCCAGAAGCACAUUGACUUCUCUCUGCGCUCACCCUAUGGUGGUGGACGUCCUGGCCGUGUCAAGAGAAAGAAUGCCAAGAAGGGACAGGCUGGUGCUGGUGGUGGAGAUGAUGAAGAGGAAGAUUAAACAUUGGAUUUCUUACUUGUACCUGUUACCAUCUUGAAAGUAAAAUAAAAAUGCUGUUUAACAUUAA